AUGCUUGAGAGACAACGAGAACUCAUCGCCGUCGGCAUCUUGUUUCUGAUCCUAACAUGGCUGACCGUCAGUCUGCGAGUCUAUACUCGAGCCAUCCUACUGAAAAGAUGGGGUCAUGACGAUACGGCCAUGGCCGUUACUCUGGGCCUAUUCACCCUCUCCGUUGUCCUACAGAUUCUCUCAGUCGUGCACGGCGUCGGCCGCCAUCCGUCGGACCUCAGCGAAACCGAGAGGAGGACUGCACUUUUCUACGUCUACCUGUACGAGAUUCUUUAUGUGCUCGUUGGGGUCAAUCUCAAGAUCGCACUCGGUAUCUUCUAUCUCCGCAUAGCAGUCGAGCGGUGGCACAUCUUGGUCAUCAAGUUCAUCGUGUUUGGUACUGUAAUCUUUGGCGUUGUCUGCCUUUUUCUCGUCGUUUUCCAGUGCAUUCCAGUGUCUACAUUUUGGAUAAUUCAUCCUGCCAACGAUCAGUGCAUCCCUAUAGCACCCCAAAGCGGCCUCACUUUUACUCUGAACGCCAUGAACGCAUGUACGGACUGGAUACUUGGCACACUCCCGUUCUUCAUGGUUAGGAACCUGAAUCUGAGCUUUUCCACCCAGAUGCUUGUGGCUGGCAUUCUUGCAUUUGCAGCAGUAGGAAGCACAGGCACAAUUGUAAGGAUGAAAUAUGUUAAGAAUCUUACCAAUGGACCUGAGUUCCUGUACGUAAUCAUCGACGUUUCAAUUUGGUCAACAGUCGAACCGGGAAUCGGGAUCACAGCCGCAAGCAUUGCAACCCUGCGCCCUCUUCUCCAGACUCUUUUGUGGCGACUCGGCUUCGCACCGCCACCAUCGUAUACCGCGACACGACGAAUCCAUUCACGCGAAGGGAGAUUUAAUAUCCAGCACGAGUUUGGCUGGUUUCGGUCUACGCACCGGGUUCGUGAUCUUGCACAUAUCGAUAGUUCUGCAUCUACAGCUACGGUUGCGAGUCCUCCCAAUCCGAAAAAGAAGAGGUGGUUCUCCAGCAGCAAGUCGAGAACAAAUGAUUUCGAGCAAGAUUUAGCAGACGAUAGAUUGCAGCUGCCGGCACCAUGCGUAUAG